UAAGACCUGUUAACUCUGUCCUGUUAACUUAUGGUCAACAAGUCAAUGUCAUCUUACGAGUUAUGUCAUAUUUCUUGUUAUAAUAGGUAUUAUAGUACAAACAUUGGUAUUUUAAAAUAUUUUUAAUAUUAGAGAGAAAUUGUUAAAAUGGCUGGUACUGAUGACAAUAAACCCAACGACAGCGAAUCUGCAGCUAACGAUAUUGAAAGGAACGAACAAAAUGAAGAUAAUGUUCGAGAAGAGUAUAUUUUAUUGGAUACAAAAUUGGACGAAUUAAAUCAAGCAUUGGACUUGUUAGAACAAAAAAAUGACGAUAUUCACAAACGAUUGACAGAACUUUUACAGUCAAAUAGAGAUAUAAGACAGCAACUAAGACACGAAAAUGCUGAAAUCAACUAAUUCAGUAUUAACUGAACUGAAUAUGACAUCUAAUAAUUAUAGCUACUAAUAAAGCAUUUUAUUUAUUCAUGUUAUUCGAGUUGUUUCUUAAUUAUAGAUUCUAUAUAUAUAGUUACAAUAUAAAUAUACGGAA